AUGGCCACGCACAUGGCGCCUGGCACGCAGGCCGCCGCUGCGAGUGCCUCGACACUCGACGCAGCGAGCAUUGACAGCCGCCGGCGAGCCAAUGGCGCUGGCUGCAUCGCCAGUGCAUACCUACGUCGCACUGCAGGACACGGCUCGCCAGCUGAUGGGGCGCGCCCGGUAACAGUGCUCUGGUGGCCCUUGAGCACCGAGCCUUCGUGGGCGCUAUGCCUGGCGGUGCCCGGGAGAGGCCCGCGUCGUGGUGAGGGCGCCAGCGGACGGUGCUGGCGGCAAAAUGCACACAAUGCUGCGAUGGAUCACGCCGUGGGAUGUGCGGUGAGCUCUCCCACUCAGCCUCCAGCGCGCAGCGCUUGGGUCACGACACCGCCGUCUAACCGACUGCGACAACCCCUUCAGUCCCGUGCCUCGUCGGUACGUCCAGCAGAGGACAGCUCGCUUCCAGCCUCCCACUUAUAUUCCUCCGCUCUCAGCUUGAGAGCUGGCCCGCUCGCCGUACCUGCAGAUAUGACUGCAUAUGCCACUGUUGGCAUCCCCACUCGCACGGCCCAAAUGGCAAGCCUCCAUAUGGACUUAAUCAACACUGGGCGCAUGUCAAGGACACCGCCACCCUUCCGCUGUGCCUCGACCUGAGACAGCGCACUUUGUCCGCCGCGGGUUUCCACAGCGCGACCUGGCCGAUCUGGAAUUGCUUCCGCUUAUGCCUGAACGGUCCUCACUCUCCAGGAAGAAUGUACCAUUUGUUCCUUGAUAUCAGGUCGCCUCAGGAUAUCGCAGCUUCCUUGAUUGUCUCGGCCAGAAAACUACGAGCGUUGUCGUCUGCAACGCCACUAUAGAUCCCGAGCAUCGUAGGGCGAUUGUUCGUGACAAUGACAUCGCUGAACAUCUCCAAUAAAAACGGGAUCAGUGCGGUAGAACCUUAAUGUUCCGGCACUUUCCCACCUUCUGCAUGCUUACGGGCAUCAUUACUCGUCUCCAAUACUGGUCUACCACUACUAAAGGUGAUCUCACGGGUGUGCUCACUGGACAUUAAAGUUAUGCUCAAAGCGUCAAAUAAGCGUAUCCUGGUUUACGAUGCAUCAAGGCUUCAGCCAAUACUCUCGUGCGGGC